AUGAUGAAUUCGACGUUGGCGUUGCUGCUAUUCUUAUCUUGGGUGUUGCUUCCCAUUUCGAACGCCCUACACAUCACCGACGAGACUAUCGACAAGUUCCUCCUCGAAGAGUAUGAGUACAUCGUCGUCGGCGGUGGCCUCUCAGGCUUGGUCGUCGCCAACCGUCUGAGCGAGGAUAAAAACACGACUGUCCUCGUGAUCGAGUCUGGCGAGCUCGACGGACGGGAGAGCAGGGUCAUCGCGCCCGGCUACAUCGGCCUCACACCGCCCUCGCCAUACGGCAAGAGCGUCACGACGGCUCCUCAGACGUUUCUCGAUGGCAAGACGCGCGGGAUCAGCCAGGGCAGAGUCAUUGGCGGCGGUUCCGUCACGAAUGGCAUGUGCUGGACCAGAGGAUCGGCAGCGGACUUUGAUGCUUGGGAAGAGCUGGGAAAUCGAGGAUGGGGAUGGAAGAGCCUUCUUCCCUACUUCAAGAAGGUUGAGACGUAUACCACAAAUAUUGAUCAAAAUACCCAGGACCGCCUCAACAUUCACCCGGAUAUGUCGGUUCAUGGCACAGAAGGACCCAUCAAUGUCGCUUACCCUGAAUACUUCUAUAACUCGUCGGGUACAGUCCUCUCAUCAUCCAGUCUGUUUCAUUAUUCUGACUUUCUCACAGAUCAUGUCAUUCACGGGCUGUCAGAGAUGGGCAUCCACCUCUCGGGCGACCUUAACACGGGCGACCCGACAGGAGCCAUGAUGGUCCCGUCCAGCAUGUCUCCUACCAACCAGACCCGCUCCGAUGCAAGAACAGGUUACUUCGAUCCGGCCAUCUCGCGUUCGAACCUGCACGUCGUUACCGGGCAGACCGCGACGCGUCUCAUUGUGGGCUUGCCCAGCUCGCUCGCCAAGGAGGGAACCCGUCGUCGAGUCAUUGGGGUUGAUUUCUCAUCUGAGCCCCUUGGCAUCAACAGAACAAUCACUACCAAAAGGGAGGUCAUCUUGGCUGCCGGCGCGAUUCAAUCGCCCACGCUGCUUCAGGUUUCGGGCAUUGGUCCCCGCAAAGUCUUGGAGUCAUUGAAUAUCUCUGUACAGAUCGACCUGCCAGGUGUCGGAAACAACUUUCAGGAUCAUCCCAUGGCCCAAUUUGAAUUCGACUACUCCAACUCAUCCAUUUUCACUUCUCGCGACCUCACCGGCGCCGCCUUCGACAAUGCACUCACCACCUUUGUCACAAACCACACCGGCCCUUUGACUGCUCCCUUGAUCAACACAGUCGCCUUCCCAAGCCUCCAAUACCACGCAUCCGAAUGGAAACUCCUCCUCCAGCACGCCACAAACCAAUCCUCCUUCACCUUCCUCCCGCUCGACACCCCGCCAACGGUACAAUCCGGCUACACCCGCCAAAAGAGCCUCGUCCUCGCCCACUUAGCCCGCCCGGACGUCGGCGCCUACGAGCUCCUCGCCGCCUCCUGGGGCCAAAUGUCCAUCGCCAACCAGAAGCCCCUAUCUCGCGGCACCGUCUGCCCCCGCUCAGCCUCAAUCUUUGACGGACCCGUGGUUGACCCUCGUUAUUGCGCCGACCCUCUCGACUGCAAAAUCAUCCGUCUCGGCCUACAACUCAUCCAACGCCUCAUGCGCACGGAGGCAAUGACGCCUCUCCAGCCCGUCGUGGAGGAUCCGCGUUUGAACUCGACGGACGAGACGGAGCUCAUGGCGGCGCUGAAGCCGCUCGUCGGCACUGAGUAUCACCCCAGCGGUACGACGAGCAUGAUGCCGCUGGAGCUGGGCGGGGUCGUGGACGCGGAGCUGAUGGUGUACGGGACGUGCAACCUGCGGGUUGUCGAUGCCGGGAUCAUGCCGCUCGUUCCGGGGGCGCAUAUUCAGGCUGCUGUGUAUGCUGUUGCUGAGAAGGCUGCGGAUAUCAUCAAGACUGCUGCGGGCGGACCGGACUUGUGUCCUUUUGGUCGGCCGGAGUGGCCGCCUGUGUAA